UGGGGCCUCCGCUCGUUAGCGCGCCAGGCCGCCCGCCGCGGCCCCGGAGGGACCCGCCCGCAGGGCCUUCUUGGCUCAGAGCCGCCCCCUUCCGCCUAGAAGCCCCCCCUCAGCGACCCCAUUCCCGGUCCUUGGCCGCGGCGCCCGAGGGAGGCGGGUCCCCAGAGUCCUGGAACGCACCCUUUCGGAGUGGUCGCGACAGCGGUCAUUUAUGGGGGUCUCGCCCAGGGUAGGCGCUAUUUGUGCGCCACUCGCGUUCCAACAGCCGUCCUGUCACAUUGUAUCACCUCGACACAGGAGGAAACUGAGGCCCAGGCAGGCCAAUUCUUUGGCCAGGGUCAGGGCUGGAUUGUCUUCAGGCCUGUGACCUCACCCCUAGGGCACUGGGGCCUCAAGGGCACCCCCAGCCCAGAAUCCCGGAGUCAGGCCCGGACCCCCACCCCCCAUUCCCCUCCUCCUGCCCCACAGUGCCCUUGGCUGCUCUUUCCCUCCAUCCCUUAACCUGGGGUCAUUGCCCCUUCCUGCCAAAAGGGGGACCCUUUGACUCUUUCCCUUCCCACCCUUUCUCCCUCAUCCUUUCCAAACAUCCCAGAGCUAACCAAAAAAAUUAAAAAAAAAAAAAAAAGGAAAGGAAAAAGAAAAGAAAAAGAAAUAUCCAGAACUGCUUGAAGGAUAUGGCAUCCCUCAAAGGGGGCAGAUGGCCUGUCGGAGCCGGAGGGCAUCUCUCUGAAGCGGGUCGCUGUGGUGGAAGAUUUCUUUGACAUCAUCUACUCGAUGCAUGUGGAGAGCUCAGCGGAGCCAGGCAAAGCCCCCAAGCACGCUGGGCAGAAGAAAACCUACCGAGCGAUUGCAGAGACCUAUGCCUUCCUUCCGCGAGAAGCCGUGACUCGAUUCCUGAUGAGCUGCACAGAGUGUCAGAAGAGGAUGCACUUUAAUUCCAAUGGCCUGGAGCCCAAAGAAAACGAACCUCCUUCUCCUCUGGUCUCCGGGAUCAUCGAUUACAACAUGCCCCUUACCUCCACGUACCUGAAGCAGAUGAAGUUGCGAGUGAUGAACUCCCAGGAACAGGAUGAAACUUCUGUGAGCAGUGAAGAUUUUGAUAUGAACGACUCCACAUGGAUGUCAGCUGACCCACACCUGGCCUCCAGCCUGAGUCCCAGCCAGGACGAGAGGAUGCGGAGCCCUCAGAACCUCCACAGCCAAGAGGACGAUGACUCCUCCUCUGAGAGUGGCAGCGGCAAUGGCUCCUCCACCCUGAACCCAUCCACGUCCAGCAGCACGCAGGGCGACCCCGCCUUCCCCGAGAUGAAUGGCAACGGCGCCGUGGCCCCCAUGGACUUCACCGCCACCUCCGAAGAUCAGCCCAUCAACCUGUGUGACAAGCUCCCGCCGGGCGCAGCACUCGGCACACCAUCCUACCCCUCGGACGGCUGUGGCACCGAUGGACUGCGGAGCCGCGUCAAGUACGGGGUGAAGACCACCCCUGAGUCGCCCCCUUACAGCUCCGGGAGCUACGAUUCCAUCAAGACCGAGGUCAGUGGCUGCCCUGAGGACCUGACGGUGGGCCGGGCCCCCACGGCGGAUGACGACGAUGACGACCACGAUGACCACGAGGACAACGAUAAGAUGAACGACUCUGAGGGCAUGGACCCUGAGCGCCUCAAGGCCUUCAAUAUGUUUGUGCGUCUCUUUGUGGACGAGAACCUGGACCGCAUGGUGCCCAUCUCCAAGCAGCCCAAGGAGAAGAUCCAGGCCAUCAUCGAGUCCUGCAGCCGGCAGUUUCCCGAGUUCCAGGAGCGGGCCCGCAAGCGCAUCCGCACAUACCUCAAGUCCUGCCGGCGCAUGAAGAAGAACGGCAUGGAGAUGACGAGACCCACACCUCCCCACCUGACCUCGGCCAUGGCAGAAAACAUCCUGGCGGCAGCCUGCGAGAGCGAGACGAGAAAAGCAGCCAAAAGGAUGCGCCUGGAGAUCUACCAGUCCUCCCAGGAUGAGCCCAUUGCCCUGGACAAGCAGCACUCCCGGGACUCUGCAGCCAUCACCCACUCCACCUACUCACUGCCAGCCUCCUCCUACUCCCAGGACCCUGUGUAUGUCAACGGCGGCCUCAACUACAGUUACCGCGGUUACGGGGCCUUGGGCAGCAACCUGCAGCCCCCUGCCUCCCUCCAAACAGGAAAUCACAGUAACGGGCCCACCGACCUCAGCAUGAAAGGCGGGGCCGCCACCGCCUCCAGCACGCCCACACCCACGCCCUCCAGCAACAGCACCAGCAGGACCAUGCCCACCGCCCAGCUCAGCCCCACGGAGAUCAGCGCUGUGCGGCAGCUCAUCGCCGGCUACCGAGAGUCCGCGGCCUUCCUGCUGCGCUCCGCGGACGAACUGGAAAACCUCAUUUUACAGCAGAACUGACCCGCGGCACCUGAAGCGCACUACCCUAGGGAAGGAGGCCGGCCCGGCCCGGCCUCCUGCCUCACCACUUGGUACAUUUUGGUUUUUGAAAGAGGUGGGAUCCAAAAGAGCGGUUUCUAGCCACACGCCAAGCACCUGCGACUUUGGGCACAAGGACACUUUUUUUUUGGAAUCUCACCACACGGGUGCUCUGACCUGCUUGGAAGAGGCCAUGGGGCAGCUUUGGAAGGGCUGGGGCUCCCCUGACGAGGCGCUGGGGACGCAGCUCUAAUUUAGAAUCAUCUUCGUGGACCCUGAUGUUAGAAUCCCACCCCCAGAUAAUUACCUUUCAAGUCUUAGGUGAGCAGAAUUGCAUAUUUAUUGAGAAAAACAAAGUGGACCCUUUCUUCCUCUCCCCUUAGUAAUUUAUUUUUCUGAAAAUGGAUUCUUUUGUGUUUGUACAGAU